CGACCGCUACCUUUCUAAUCACCGUAGCCGAGAUAAAAAUAGAACAAAAAUCCGUCGCUCAUAAAAGAAAAGGAAACAAGUUAACUUCCUGAGGAUGGAAAAGUCUGGGAAGAGAGGGUUUUUCAGAAGAAGCCAUUCCCUUCCGAGCACUAAAGUGAAGAAAGGCCAGCGCCGACAGCAGCCUAUUGAAGAAAGUCAGGAUGAAGCUAACCCAGAGGAGGUACAUGAAGUAUUACGUAAUAUCAAAAUUUUGGCCAUCAGUGCUAAGAAGUAUUUUAAAAAGAGGGGAGUCUACCGCUAUUACUGCGAGGAAUUGAUUGACAGGUGGAUUCCAGACCUUAAAAGGCUGUUACGAAUUUCCUCAAGGGAGGAAAGAAGGAACAAGGAAAAGGCAGAAGCUGAAGAGGAAAAUUUCCGUCAAGAGACAAACAGAGAGUUCCGAAGUUUUAGCAAGGAAUAUAAUAGGAAGAAAAAGGUGUCUGAUGAAGCUUCAAAUUGGAAACAAAAGUAUGAAGAGGAACUGGCUGAGCAGAAGAGAAAGUACGAAGAGGAAAUAUCUAAACUGAAGAAGGAGCAUGAAGAAGCAAUGAAAAGGUUACUAAUGAAAUAA